UUCUGUACCGCCUGGGACCACCAGAAGAGGGAACCAUAGAGAGGAGGGAAAGAAAGGUUGGAGGAGUCAAGAUGGCGGGGCUUGUUUCCAUGGGCCUUUCGACUUCCUGGGCCCUGUCUAGGAAGCUGGGGAAAGCGUCUGUGGUUGCAGAGUGAGGCGGAGCCAGGGAAAGAAUCAUGGCUGCGCUGAGUGGCGGAUAGGAAGGGGAAGUUUGGCGGCGUCAGGUCUGCUGCAGUGAUUUGAGCCCAGCUGCUAAAAAAAGAAGAAAUUACCGGACAGUUGCAAACAUUUAUAUGAUUUUGGAUGAGCAUCCAUUGUCCUAUUUGCCCACAACCUGAUAUGCUGGAAAUGUAUUGAAUUCUGAGAAGAGCUGGCACUCUUCUCCUGCAGCAAUGGAUGAGGAGAGUCUGGAAGCAGCGAUACAAGCCUACAAAGCCCAGCUGCAGCAGGUGGAACUGGCUUUGGGAGCUGGGCUGGACGCAUCACAACAUUCGGAUCUCGUCCAGCUGCAGGCAGAUUUAAAGCAGCUGAUAGAACUUACGGAAGCCAGCCUUGUGUCUGUGAAAAAGAGCAAGUUCUUUGCUGCUCUGGACCCCGGGACGCUCUCUGCAUCUCCAUCUGCUCAUCAAGAACGAGACAGUAGCGAAUCGGGCAACUUGAGCAAUGAUGAAUAUGCGGCUUUUAAAGAAGCUAUUGCUGAAAUUGGCAGAGAGGACGAGCCUUCAGAUGUUCCGAGGGCAGACGGAGAGGCAGAUGGAGAGGAACUAGAAGAAGAGGAAGAGGAGGAGGAGGAAGCCGGUGGGAUGAAAGUGAAAGCUCCGUAUUACAGUUCUUGGGGCACUCUUGAGUACCACAAUGCCAUGAUCGUGGGGAGCGAGCGUUUAGAAGAUGGAAGCCCAGGAGUCAGAGUGCUCUACCUCUACCCCACUCAUAAGUCCUUGAAGCCCUGCCCCUUCUUUUUGGAUGAUAAAUGCCGGUUUAAAGAGAACUGCCGAUUCUCCCAUGGCCAAGUAGUAUCCGUGGAGGAGCUGCGUCCCUUCGAGGAACCGGACCUCAGCGGCCUGGCUGUCGGCUCAGCCUGCCUGGCAAGACAUCAGGAUGGCAUCUGGUAUGCUGCUAAAGUCACUGAUAUCGACAGUGGUUACUACACAGUGAAAUUCGAUUCGCUGCUACUGAAGGAGGCUGUAGUGGAGGGAGAUGGCAUAAUGCCCCCCCUGCGUAGUGAGGAGAGUUCUUCCUCAUCAGAAUCAGAAGAUGAAGAAGUGGAUGAUGCUGGAUAUGCAAAAGUCAUUGAGUCAGGGGCUCCAGAGAACGGAGGAGGACCCUCUGCCUGCAGUUCCUCCUUCGGCUGCUGGGAGGCGCACACACGUGGCAUUGGCUCUAAACUCCUCGCUCAGAUGGGAUACGAGUUUGGGAAAGGUUUGGGCAAGAAUGCAGAGGGCCGAGUAGAGCCAGUGCUGGCUGUCGUGUUGCCGAAGGGCAAAUCCUUGGACCAGUGUGCCGAGAUCCUCCAGAAGAAGAAGGAGGGGAAGCGCGACCCAGCCAAGCCCAAAAAGCGGCGGGCGAAAGGAAAAGGUGCCACCCGGCCCUCUGCUCGGAGCCCAAAGCCCUCGCAUAAUGUCUUUGACUUCCUUAAUGAGAAACUUCAGGGCAAGGACUCAAGUGAGCAGGAGGGAGGGCUUGCGCCUCUGGAGAGGACCAGCAAGGAGAUCUACCAUGCCAGCAAGAGCACCAAGAGAGCGCUGAGCGUACGCCUCUUCCAGACCGUGGAGAAGAUUGACCAAACACAGAAGGAUAUCCGAGGGAUCCACGAGGCCCUGGCACGCAACGCUGGACGGCACACCGUUGCCACAGCUCAGCUGGAAGAGAAGCUGGCCGGUGCCCUCAAGAAACUGGAGGACCUGCGGGCUCAGGAGGCCAGUCUGCAGCGAGAGCAGAGGAAAGCCGACACACACAAGAAAAUGACCGAGUUCUAGUCUGCCUCCCCGGGUGGGGCGUGGGGGGGGGGUCUGGCUUCCAGUCCUGGCUGCACUGCUCUGCGGACUCUGAAGCCAGCCCUUCUCUCCUGGCCCUUUGUCAUCCCAGUGCAAAGCUGGGCUCCAAGGGAGCUGCUGGGUCUGAACUUGCCUGGCAGGGCAUGAAAUGGGGAGCCCAGCAAAGUGGGUGGUGUGGCCUUUGGCCUUUACCUUUUUAUUCAUGGUCCCCUUUAUAUGGAAUCCACUGGGCAAAUGCCGCUGUCAGCCACUGGCCAAGUUGCAGAAAGGAGUUUUCUCGGUGUGGGAGCAGCUGCCAGGCCUCUGCCCCAUUCGUGGAUCCCUCCUGUUCCCAGGAUCCCUCUUUAGGUUCUUGGGAGUGGAUUUUUCUUCCCGUGUUCUCUUGUAGCUGUGAUACACUGAAGCACUAUAACCCUGGCCCAGAGUAGCAGACAAGAUGAGACGACUCUCUGAUGCUCCCAGGACUCUUGUCCAGGUGGUAAGAGCUGCUACGUGACUGUAUUCAAGAUGUGACUUUUGUAUUGCAUCAGCUUGUCUAUUAGCAUGGGGCAUAGAACUUCCCAUUAGGGAUGUGCACGAACCGGUUUGGCGGUCCUUUUAAUGACCACCGAACCAGUUUGGAGGUCCGGCUGAACCGGCAGCGGGGGUGGUGGCUGUUACCUUUAAUGUUUGGGGAAGGUGCUCUUACACACACACACCCCACCCAGCUACAUUUCCCCUGCUGGUGCUGUGCUUAAAAUCAGUCCCACAGGGUGGCAGCAUACCUCCCUGCUGCCCUGGUAUGUGUCAGACCAGAAGUGGCCGGUGCGAGGGCGUGGCAUCGCUACUUCCCAGUGCUGCACACUGUAGAGCUCUUAACAACCUCCCCGCAGCCUACACACACACGCCAGCUAGAAAUCCAUAUAGCAGGGGUUCUCUGGGGACUUGGACUACAGCUCCUAUCAUCCCCUGCCACAAUGGUCUGACCAUUCGGACAAGGGAUGAUAGGAGCUGUGGUCCAGCAUUAUCUGGGGACCCGAGUUUGAGAAUCCUUGCCAUGAAAUGUUCACCAUGUUCCUACUGGCCACAUAGCAACCAUGGCCUGGUUAUUUGACUGUUCUUGGGGGUCAUGCGUAGUUUGACUCUGCAAAUUUCAGUUUUCGUUUAUAAAUAGCACCAGAGAGCAGAGUGGAGAAUCUGGAUUGGAUUGUAGCAGGUAGGGCAGUUUUUAUACUUUGCCCCUACUGCGGUUCUGAUCCAAAUUGGGUCUCUCCAUGUGUGCUGUUUACACAGGAAGACAGAGACAUGGAGAGUCAGACCACAUAUUAACAGCAACAGGUAGUUUGACCUACAUGUCCCUGGGCCCCUGAAUGGGUCCCCCAACAAUCUCAUCAUGUGCAAUGCUGGCUGAGUGUCGCCUUCAGUCGAGUGGUGAGCCAAUGUUCCCGCAGUCUGAAAACAUCCUGAAAUGUGGAGAGUGGGGGUUCUUUUGGUCUCUGCAAAUGGAGAAGUGGCCAUGCUGUUCCCCAACCCUGAAGCACGUCUCUUCAAUCAGAGUUGAACUGCAAUCGAAGAAAAGCCACUGCAGUUGAGCAGCAACUGCUUGCAGCCCCAAACAGAGAUGAUAUCAGAGAAGAGGGUGAACCAUUUGAUCUCGGAAAGGCUGCUCUGCUGCCUGUGGCUGUGGGUAGGCUUAGGCAUCUGUGUCGCUUCCUGUAUACAUUUCCUUUCAGAUUGUAAUUAAGCUUAUUUUAUGUUAAAGAACAGUCAUCUGGUA